GGUCGGAGAGAGAGAGAGAGAGAGAGAGAGAGAGAGAGAGAUAAGAGCAAAUAAAAGUGGGUGAGAGGAAGAAGAGAAGAUAGAAGAAGGGGCGGAAGGAGGAAGCGAAGGUAGUUUGAGCGUCUAUCACGUAUGUUCGUAUCAUCGUUGUACGUACCGGCGACGAAACGAGGAAGAAAAUUAGUUUUCGGUUUAGUGAAACUCUUGGGGACGUCGAAAGAUCGCGAAGAAGAACGUGCAACGGUUGAUUAUUUUCGUAAUAUCGAUCGAGAAACUUUUCACCUUUGCAUGCAUUCCCGACACCCUUUCUCUUCGUUUUCCUUCGAUAAUCAGUAGUUCCGUUGACCGAUUCGACCGACUACCUUUGUCAUCGGAGCUCCCUUAGUGUGUUUCGAUUAGAUCAGAAAAAUAAAAGAUUUCGACAAAUUCCUGGGAAGAAGAAAAAGAAGAAGGAGAGAGAAAGAGAAAGAGAGAGAGAGAGAGAGAGAGGAGGAGGAGGAGGAGGAGGUGGAGGAGGAAGAGAAAAACGCUUUAGUGGGAUCGAUAGAUCGAGCGUAGGGGCUACAACACUGUGACUCGCGAUCGUGGGUGUGGGUGUUGGGUGCGAGUGUGCUUUCCCAGCCGCGUGUGCCUGCUUAGGUGCGUGCGUGUGUGCGUGCGUGAAGAGAAGAGGAGGCGACGCGUGAAGACGACGACGACGACGACGACGACGACGACAACAACGAAGACGAGGACGGCGGCGGCGGCGGCGGCGGCGGUGGCGGCGGCGGUGGCGGCGGCGGCGGCGGCGGCGGCGACAACGAGGAGGACAACCACGACGACGAUCAAGACGACUACUACUAUUAAAGGUGGGACAAAGCGAACAGUAUCGGCUUCGAAAGGAAGAAAAAGGAAGAAAAGCGUACACCUUUUUAGAAGAAGGAUCACACGUUCUUGCUCGAGCCGACGGGAUGGAAGGUAGUUCUCAGCCACCGCCGUCAUCAUCGGAUAUAAUGAUGGGAAAGGAGAACGAGGAAGAAUCAAAGAUACGUAGAACCGUCGAAGAGUCUGCUGCUGCUGCCGCUGCCGCCGCUGCUGCAGCUGCCGCCUUGGUGACCUCCUCUUCUGUCUCGUCCUCCUUCUCGUCCUCCACCUCGUCCUCCACCUCUUCUUCCUCUUCCGUCUCGUCUUCGUCGCCAUCCUCCGCCUCCUCUACCUCCUCUUCUUCGUCUUCUUGCUCCUCCUCUUCCUCCUCUUCUUCCUCCUCCUCCUCCUCCUCUUCCAUAUCCUACUGGUCAAAUUCACCUGAUGCAACGUUACCGAACGAACCGGACUAUCGUGGCCGGGCUUCGAGUCUAAGGUCUAAUUCUUCUUCCCCGAUCCCAACCACAUCUCCGUCCCCGCCAGGGUGUGGCUGCGUCGCAGCCGCAGCCGUCGAACCCGACGAGAUCACCAUCAGCAUCACCCCGACGACCGGUGGACAAUUUGAUCUUACGGUCGAUCGUUCUGAAACUAUCGAAAAUCUUAAGAAGAUCAUUUCAAAGAGACUCAAGGUCGCUAAAGAACGCAUCUGUUUGUUGCACCUCGAGAGACAGCUACGCGAUGGAACUCUCGAGGAAAAUCGUUUGCAAGAUGGAAGUAGGCUCACGUUAUUGCCAAGCGUGGAAACAGGAUUAUUGGCACAACGUCCAGAGCAAAGCGUGAUGCAAGCAUUGGAGAGUUUGAACGACUCGCAGGUGAACGACUUCUUGUCUGGAAAGGCACCUCUGAAUCUGACGAUGCGGUUGGGCGAUCACAUGAUGCUGAUUCAACUGCAGUUAUCGACGGUGAGAGUGCCUUUACCAGGUAGCAAUCAAACGAACAGCAGCGGUACUAGCUUGACCGUCGGCGGAAACAACGGCGGUGGAAACGGGCCGAAUCUUUCGACGAAUCACGUUUCGCCCUCUCUUCAAAGUAGGCGAUCAACGGUGUUGGCGGCACGUUCUACGGCGAGUACUUCGGCGAAACUUCAACGAGGAAGCGCAGCAGCCCGUACGUCCUCCCUCGUAAGCCGUUUGGCAUCGGCUUUACAUGCUGCGGCGAGCUGCAGCACAAGUUUAUCGACAGCGACCAAAACGACAAGUUCAGUCUGUUCCAGUCGCGCUACCACUGCGUUUUCGGCUACCAACUGUUCGAGUAUGUGCCAGUCUCGACUCCUCUACCAUCAUCAUCGUUACCACAAUCAUCAUCAUCAUCAUCAUCAUCAUCACCACCACCAUCACCGCCAUCAUUCGAGGUAUAAGCCAACUUGUACCUCGUCCUGUACUUCUCCCUCUCCUUCAACGUCCUCUCCUUCUUCUUCUUCCACCUCUUCUUCCUCCUCCUCCUCCUCUUCCUCUUCGCUACCCUCAUCUCUCUCCUCACCCUCCGGCAUCAUCUCCUCUUCUUCAACCACCUGCUCCACUACUACUGCCGCCGCCGCCGCCGCAGCCGCAGCCGCUGCCGCUGCCGCUGCCACUAACGCUGCCACUGCCGCCGCCGCUGCCGCCGCCGCCGCCGCCGCCGCUGCUGCUGCUACUGCUGCUGCUGUUGCUACCACUACUACUACUACUACCUCAUCCUCGACCAUUUCCAUCGACCAUUUGCAACAAUCUACCUCCAUCAAUUAUACUUGCUCCGAGUCAACCUCCUCGUCGUACGACGCUACGACGCCAGCGAGCAAAAAGCUUUGCACCGCUCAUCACGUGCAUCAAUCGACGCUCGAAACAUCGAGGAGAAACGGAGAGGAUGGCGGGGAUAUCACGUCGCAGACUUCUCCUCUACCCUCCCUCAUGGACAAAGGUGCCAAGCUCGCCCUAGACACCCGAGCAUUAGCCGAGGCAUCCCGUAAUUUGACGCAGAAACUGAAGCAGCUCUCCUCUGAGGUAUUCACCUCGCGGGUCGACCUCGCAGAGGAAAACGCGAGACACAGGCAAGGAGCGAUGAUAGAGAGUAUGCAUCAUCAUGGGAAAGGUGUAUAUUCUGGAACCUUCAGCGGGACCAUCAAUCCAGCGCUUCAAGAUCGACAUGGUCGUCCCAAACGAGAUAUUAGUACUAUUAUUCAUAUCUUAAACGAUUUGUUAUGUGCUACACCAGCUGCUACAGCAGGACACUAUAGGCAUCAUCAUAGGCAUUCGAAUAGCCGUCAACAAUGUCCUUCUGCAUCUAACGGAGUACCAACUUCAGGAACUGGAACUACUGUUGGUGUGGGCUGUCAUGAUUCAACCACGUCUGGACAUUCUUUGGAAGAAUUAUCGAAGGAAAACGAAGCUACUAAGGGAAAAAUGCGGCGUCUGCGUUUAGUCAUGGAACAACGUCGUACCAAAAGAAAAGCUAGACGGGAAGCACGUGCAGCACCGCACUCUGCACAAUGGGCUGCUAUGACACCCGAUCCUAUUUCAAAUCAUGAUGCAAGUGCUACAACAGCAUCUACUUCGAGCAACUCCAAUACGGCUGAAUCGCAGAACGAACCGGAUCUUCAACCGUGUAGUCCCGAACCAGUUGUUGCUUGAAUUUAUUAUUAUUAUUAUUAUUAUUAUUAUCAUUAUUAUUAUUAUUCUUUAAAUUCAUCCUAUAAUAUUAGUACUUUUGGUUAAAUGAGUAUAACGAGCCUCGUUGGAUAUAUCACACUGAUUUAUUACUGUAGGUGUUGGAGCCCUGAUUGAUUGUUAAUUCGAUGCGUCGUGUACAUACGUAUCUAUUAAGUUUUGCAAACGAGUUAAAUCGUUAUUUCUAAAAUACGAUUUUUAUAAAUAACGAGAUGACAUAUUGGAUAUUGUUACGUAGCUCGCGGAUUUAAAUGAUUAUCUAUGUUUUUUUUUUUUUUUUCCUUACUUUUUUAUAUAAGAUCGAGAAAACACAUCACGAUUGAUGUAUCUUGCAAUUUGUUGUUGUUACGUUGGUCUCAAAGCAAAUGCAAACAGUUAAAUCGUU